GGGGAGUUCGAAUAGCGACAUCAAAGACGAAGAAGAUGGACGAUUCAGGCGCGAUUCUCUGUCAACUAUCUGCACUAAAGGAUAUGCUUGAUCAGGUGAACGAUGAAAUAGAGGCGAACUUCCAAAUCACGAGAGAGAUUGAAUCAGAAAUUGUCAAGUGUUCUGAAUUCGAGAGAGCUUUGGCAUCUAGAGAGUCGGAGCUGAUGAAGACCGUGUACAUGCUUCAGUUUGAAAUCAAAGGAUUGAUCGCUGUAAAUGAUGAAUCAAGAGCAACAAGGGAAUGCCUAGAGAAGGAGUUGUGUUGUUUAAGAAUGAAGCGAGAUGAGACACUUGAAGGAAUGAACGACAAGAGGGAAACAUUUAGUACAAUGUGUCUAGACUUUCAAAAGGAGAUUAGUGAGGAUGGAAACAAUAAACUAGGCAAAUUAUUGUCUGAGAAAGAGUAUCUUGAAAAUGAGGUUCAUCUUCUGAGGGGGAAAAUUAAUUCCUUGCAAACUUCAAUGUCAGAUUUUAUUGAUGAGAUUCUUGAAGGUAUCAAUGCACAUAAUUCAGCUUUGGUUGUUGAGAUAGAGAGUGGUAAUCUUGAGAAUGACAAAUUGGUCAAAGAUAUAAAUGAAUUGAAGACUACAAUGCUUGUAGCAAUGUCACAUUCACCAUGAAACGAGGUAAAGUUACUAUUGUUUUCUUAGUAUUAGUGAUGUUACUUAUCGAUAUCUUAAACUUAUAUGAUAUACAAAUAUCAACAUAAAUAUAAAAAAAGUAGAAGGUUAUUAUAUGUAGA